UAAGAGCACUUCAACAGCAAUCAGGUGCUAAAAUACAGAUUGAACCUGUACACGGUGCACCACCAGUUGAAAGAAAUGUACAGAUUAUCGGUUCUUCUGAAAAUAUUGCUAUCGCGAAACAAUUGAUUCUUGAAAAAGCUGCAUCUGGAAAUGUACUGUCGUUUGUCAUUCGCUUGUUGAGUCGCGAAAGAUCAUCACGUCACGGUGAUCAAGGAAGAGGGGAUUACACUUCAGGCGGAUAUCAACAAAGUUCCUAUCAACAUGGUGGAAAUUAUCAACAAGGAAGUUAUCAACAAGGGAAUUAUCAACAAGGGAAUUAUCAACAAGGUGGAUAUCAACAAGGUAGUUAUCAACAGAUUAGUGGAUAUCAACAAAGUAGUUCAAUUCCUGCUAAUAAUACUGGAAAUCAAGGAUAUCAACAAAAUAAUGGAUAUUCCACGAAUGCUUAUCCCCAAUCUCAACAACUUACAUAUGGUCAAAGUACUAAUAACGAUUACGCACAAACUACUGCCGUCAGUGGAUAUCCAUCAUCUGGAUCAUAUGGA